UGUUCUGCUGAAAUAUUAAAACCCUGGAAUAUAUAUCAUACAUGGUAUACCUAGUUUACUUCUAAUCAAAAUCUAUUAGGCACAAUACUCAGGCAAUGUCUUAUUUGUUCUUUAUAAAUAAGUGUUGUUGACAUCUGUAAGAUAAGGGUGUUGAAUGUUUGUGCAAAUGAUAUCCCAGCUUUGUGACUAUUGAUAAUAAAUGUUGUUAUUGCACUUUAUUACAGUCACAUUCUCGUAAGCAAGCAAUCAUUACCUCUUCAAGUUUACUUAAAAUUAAUUAUUUAAAAGCAAGACAAUGUUAUUAGAUGUAGCAGAGCAAACCACCAAAAAGCGUACUAAGUGGUCAAGGUUUAAGUGUUACGUUAACAAAAGGAAGUGUGUUGCUAUAGCUGAGCUCAGAGAUAACCGUGUUUACAUAGAAACACUAAGUAUCUCUAGCGUCAAGAGAAGCUUCAAUCGAAUUUGUAAUAGAGUAUUCAAAUCCCGCUCGAGUGGUUAUGAAAAAUUCUUGUCUGAUGAAGAGAUAAGGUGGAUGGAUGAGUAUUCCUCAAGGGCUCGCGAACUGUCCACCGGGAUUGGAAUACCUUUCUAUGAUUGACCAACUACUUGUACAUCAAAAAGUGGAACUUUUGGAAGCAUUUGUAGGUUUUGAAACAAACAACAAAUAUACCAUAAAGAACAGUCUUGGUCAGAAAGUAUAUUAUGCUGUUGAAGACAAUGAUUGUUGCACGCGAAACUGUUGUGGGCCCAUGAGACCAUUUGACAUGAAAAUCAUGGACAAUUACAGAAAUGAGGUGAUAAAUCUCCGCCGUCCAUUGGCCUGCGACUCCUGCUGGUGUCCAUGCUGGCUCCAAAGCAUGGAGGUGACCUCCCCUCCUGGCACAGUCAUCGGAUCUAUUGAACAGGAAUGGUCCAUCUGCAAACCAUGCUACGUCAUAAAAAAUGAAGUCGGCGACGUUGUGCUUCGAAUAAAAGGGCCUAUUUGCACUUUCUCUAUUUGUGGAGAUGUAGAAUUCUAUGUCUACUCUAAAGAUGGCGAAACGAAAGUGGGUAAAAUAACAAAACAAUGGUCCGGUUUGGCGCGGGAGGCGUUUACUGAUUCAGAUUAUUUUGGCAUAACAUUCCCCAUGGACUUGGAUGUUAAGAUAAAAGCGGUUCUCCUUGGAGCCUGCUUCCUUAUUGAUUUCAUGUUCUUCGAGAAAUCUGGAAAUCAAGAGACCGAUAGGCCAGGAAUGCUUUAAUUUACAAAAAGAGAUUACUUCAUACUAAGGUCCUAGCAAGAUUGAGUAAUCACCAUUUUUAUAUUACCAUUUAAUGUUUUUUUUUAUUUUUGUAUUACUGAUAUGCUGUUUGAAUUACUUAGAUUAUGGCGUAACUUUUUACUAAUUGACUUUGCCAGUGGUAUGUCGUGGCACAAGGCAUUAAAUGCUUUCAUGUUCCGCACAAUAAUUUUACUAAUAAAGUAGUUUUAGUUGUGAUAACUGUUGGCAUAUCACGUAUUACGUGUGUCAUGUGUGCUCAAAGGUCGUAUGACUCAGACCGGACUUUGAAACCACUUUUUUGCGUAAUAAUAUUGAUAUUAUAAUACGUACCUACGCUUUGGAAGUAGGAUAUCCAUGAGGCAUUUGUCAUUGUUUUUUAACAGACUAAUCGCACAUUGUUAUCUACGCUGCAAACGAUCUUUAUCGGCACGAAAACUUUGUUUUUUUUUUAUAAUUAUCUUCGCUAUAUAAAUGAGUUAUAAUAAUUAUAAAGCAUUUAAUGUAAUUAGAAAAAGGCUUCUUAAGAACUUUAUAGUAUAUCUCAAUGAUGUGAAUCAUAACAUUUAGAUACUAAUUAUUAUUUUGUAAUUGAAUAUACAAUCUCUACAAAUUUAAUCUAUAAGUACAAUUUUGUAAUGGACAGGAUACAUUUAUUUUAAAGAUAUACAGCAUGUCUAUAACAUGUGCCACAAAAACGAAAUGUUUGUAUAAAAAAAGGAUUAAUAAAAUCUGACUACUCGUCGGGAAACGUCGGGUGAAAUUAUUUACCACUACAGAGAAUUACAAUCAAUAUUCUAUAAGGGGUAUGUCGGAAUGGAAAUAUACAAUGUGAUAGUUGGGCUAAGAUAGUAGGUCCUGAAAAGGAAACAUAAGUUAAGGCUGUAUAAAAAAAAAAUCAGAUAAUAAUUUUAUUUGAAAAUAUCGUUUGGUUUUUAAUUUCUUUAAACUUUUACGCCUGUGCUAAGAAGUUUGAUUUAAAGAUACUAUUAUGUCAGACAUGCUGUAUACAUUAUUUUGUAAGCAUGUGUUUAAUACUAACAGGUAAAAAUGUGUUAUUCUUAAAUACUGUUGUUCCAAUAAUCUCCUUAUGUUAUCUAGUCUUUUUUAUAUUUUUAUGUUGCUGUUUAAUUGCUGAAUAGCACAUUUUAAGAUUUCCCAGCCUUCAGCUAGGUUUAAUUUUGUGAUAUUAAAUGAAAAAUGAAAAGAAAUAUUAUAAAUGAAGUAUUCACAUUUUCUAUGACUUUCUUCAUUAGUUUUUUCACACUACAAGAAGAAUUCCUAAAUAGAAUAUGGCGAAAUGCUGUUAUACUAUUCAGUGAAUGACAUAAGAUCUCGUAUUAGAAAUUAAUUACCAAAACCUGCAAAUAUUCAGUAGUUUGAAAUUUUUACCAGAAAUUUCCUUAUGAAAUAAUGAAAGCGAACUCCACUGCUUCUUAAACAGGUGCUAAAUAGUAAAUAAAAUUGUAGUGCUCUAAGUAUACCAUACAAUUUACUAUUCUACCAUUUCUUAUGUCUAUGAUAAGUGAUAUAGUAAUAUGAUGCAGGAGCUUUUUGUCUUAUUAUAUAAUGUAAUUAUAAAUUUCUAAUAAUCUUACCCAGCUGUUUUAGGUAAAAAGCCAAAAACGUAAUGUUUUAUAUGUAAAAGUAAGUAAUAAUUAGUAGAAAGUAAUAAUUGAAAAUGUAUUUACUGUAGCAGGUACGUGGCUGCUUAUUAUAUACCACUGUAUUCUUUAGAAGGUAGUAUCUUUAAACUAUUACAAAUGCAUUUAACUGUUUACUUAAUAUCUGAUUAAUUUGAAGUCGCACAAAAACAAUAGUUAUGAUUUAUUGUAAAAAAAAACAUUAUAAUGGAACAUGUAAUGCUCUCAUUAAAUUAUUUUGCUGCCUAAUUUUAUGUAGUUAGAUACUACAAUUUUUGAUAAUGUAUACUUAUUUGUAAUUAUGUUUAAAAAUAAACGGUUUAUUGAAAUAUAA